GAGGAGCUCUCAAUAAGACGCAGCUGCGGUUUAUUGAAGCAUACAAUGCGAGAUCGAGUCGAAGAAAGUCAUGGCUCGGUUGGCUCAGAAAAACCACAAAGGCAAAACGAAAAAGAGAAGAAAAAAAAAUUUAGAAACACAACCAUUUGUCGUGACUCAUACUUAAACUUUUUUACUUUCUCCUCAAUUGUCAUAUAAAAACUCCACCCCAAAAUAAAACACACAUAGAAGAUUUGUUACAGUGUUUUAUCUCAUUGCAGAUUCUUUCAAUGGACGAUCAGCUUUUCAAUCGUGAAUUGUGGUCUCAAAUAUUCGGAUACUUGAGCAUUGCGUGUUGGAUCGUCGUCUUUACACCACAAUUGAAAGAAAACUACAUCCGGAAAAAUACCGAUGGUGUGUCCAUUUCAUUCCUACUGUUCUGGAUCUUUGGUGAUAUAUUCAACUUGCUUGGUAUCAUCCUUGAGAAUCUGUUAUUGACAAUGCUGCUUCUUGCAUUGUACUAUUUAUUUGCGGAUGUGUUAUUGAUGGGUCAAGUUGUUUAUUACCGUACUCAUUACCGUCGUCAAAAAGUGGAUGAGAUCGUGGUAGCGUCCGAUGCGUCCAUCUCUGAGCCAACAUUGGCCUAUACCUCUCAUACUGUGAUACCCCCUUCUUCUCGUCGAUCCAGCCACUCCAGCCACUCCAGUUCCAGUAGUUCAUCUUCCAGCAGCAGCGACGACAGCCAUUGUGUGGUUGCACUGGAAAGAACUCCGCUGAUUCAAAAGACCCUCAGUCGCGAGAGCUCUUACACCCUGCUUGCCACUACCUCGCGAGAAAUGUCCCCCAGAACGCGUCGGCUCGUUCGAUACUUUACGUUCAUCAGUGUUCUCCUGUGGUUGGGACUCGCGAUAGGCAGUGUGGUGUUCUUCUUUUUCCCCAGUGAUCCAAAAGACAAGGUUGAUCUCAGUCACUGGCGUCUCGUUCCCCAAUUGCUAGGCUGGGCAAGUGCCAUUCUGUAUUGCACCAGUCGUAUUCCUCAGAUCAUGCAAAACUUUCGAAACGAGAGCGUGGAAGGUUUGAGCUUGUCCAUGUUUUUGUUCAGUGUCAUGGGCAAUUUGACCUUUUGUUUUUCCAUUUUCCUUCAAUCCAUGGAUCGCACGUAUUUAUUGGUCAACUAUCCAUGGCUCCUCGGCAGUGGUGGUACCUUGUUCUUUGAUUUUACGGUAAAUGGUUCGCCUCGCAUGAUAUUAGAUUCUUUUUUUUACUUAUCUAUCACACGUCUGGUUUAGAUCUUUUUCCAAUUCUAUACCUACCAUAAGAGCGGGCAUGAUAAGGAUGAAUUGGCCAAACUUGCUGGUCGAGCAUCAUCAUUGGAGAAUUGAGAAUGAAUACAAACAACGUUCAUAUUUUUUUUCUUAUGCCAACUUGGAAUUGGUCUUCAUGUUUGGUGACGAUUCUCGGAACAUUGUCCGAGCUUCUUG